GAAAUGGGUGAAAGAAAUACCACAGCUGUGACAUAUUUCAUUCUGGUUGGGCUUUCAGAGCACCCUAGAGCCCAAAUCAUCUUCUUCUGUCUGCUCCUAGUAGCCUAUCUUAUAAUAUUGUUUGGGAACAGUUUCAUUCUCUUCUUGGUCCAGUAUGAUAGCAGACUCCACACCCCUAUGUAUUUCUUCCUUAGCAAUCUGUCAUUUCUGGAUAUCUGUUUCACCUCGUCCAGUAUCCCUCAGACGAUCAUCAACUGUCUAGUCAGAAUGCCCGUCAUUUCAGCUGGCCAAUGCAUGGCCCAGAUGUGUACCCUUCUCUACUUGGGUGUUGUGGAGUGCUUCUUGCUGGCUGUCAUGGCCUACGAUCGUUGCAUAGCAAUUAGUGACCCCUUGCGCUACGCAGUAAGGAUGCACAACUGGUUCUGUAUCCAGCUGGCAGGAUUAUCCUGGUUUUUAGCCUUUUUCUUCUCAGUAGUACCAACCCUGGCCACACCAAUGGAGGUAUGUAGUCACAUCAUCAACCAUUUCUUCUGUGAGGUCUUGGCCAUCAUUAAGCUUUCUUGCAGUGAUCUACGGUUGAAUGAAUUGCUGAUGAUAGCCACCAGCUCCCUGACUCUCCUGGCUCCCUUUGUCUUCAUCCUUGCUUCCUAUGGACGCAUAAUUGGGGCUGUGUUGAAGAUUCGUUCAACCGAGGGCAGAAAGAAGGCUUUCUCCACCUGUAGCUCCCACCUCACGGUGGUGGUCAUCUUCUAUGGAACAGCCAUUGCCAUGUACAUGAUGCCCCAGGACAAGACCAGCAGAGAGCAGGAUAAACUUGCCUCCCUUUUAUAUGGUGUUGUAACUCCUAUGCUCAAUCCUCUCGUCUACAGCCUUCGGAACAAAGAUGUGAGAGAGGCCCUAAGGAAACUACUGGGAGAGAAGAAAGUCCUCUAAGAACUCCUUAGAUCCAUUUUCUAAAAGUUGAAGGACAGGGGCUGACUAAACCUUAUCUCAGUGGAGAGAGGGCUGGCUUUGAAACUAUCAAGUCCUGGGCUCAAGCUGCCCUUCAUACACAUAUCUGUUUCCUGGGGAAAUCAGUUAUCUUUCCAUUGCUCUAGAAAAUGCUUCAAGACAAAUAAAUUGCAGAGAAGUACAAAAAGCAUAAGUAAUAAAAGUAAGUUCCUCACUUAGGGGUUCCCCAUACCAAUAAAACAAAAAAUAUCUAGUCUCCUAUUUAUAUUCUAAUGGUUGAAAUCGGAAGAAAUAUUGACUCAAUACAGACUUUGGUUUUCAUAGAUGAUUUCAGCUAUAAGGAUUGCCCUUUGGGACUUUCAAACAGAUGACAAAGUAAAUGGGUCAGAGUCUUAGAGAGUCAUGGUCUCUUAAUGUCCUACUGGCUGUCAGUCUUCUGGAUCUGAAGGCUGAGCCCCAAGCUAUUCCAGAGGACUCAAGCACAGUCACAAACAUAUCUAGGAGGAGGAAAUAUCCAGACAUAACAUGUGGGCCCUUCCUUGUUUCUAGUUUUGGAUCAGUACAUUUGGAAGAGACAGAAGAAACACGCCAUUUUGACUGAGGACUCAGUUCCCUUACCAUCUUGACUGUCCUCUUCUUGGUAAUAAUCUAUCUCUAGGAUAUGGCAUUCAAAGCUGAGCACAUUAUGCCAAGUGUGUACUGAAUAGGGAUGAGAACACCAGGACCUUCUCUGCUUUCAAAGAUAGCUAUCUUUUCCAGGUCCAUUUUGAAGUACAUAGAAAAGGUUUAUUAUCUAAUAUUUUACUUUU